AGCUUGGCUCGGCCGAGAGAUCUCGGGGGGGCGGUUUCGGAAACCGCCGUCUCCGGCCCAGUGAUGUGGCUGCUCGUGCUGGGCAGCUUCUUGGCGCUGGUGGCAGGGCAGGAUAGUCACGUCAGCGUGCUGGUGGACCAGCUGAACUACGGCGUGCUGAAGCCGAGUGACCUGGAACGCCUCAGCCCUGCCCUGGCGCAAGCCUUCGCACACGCCCUGGGCAUCACGCCGGAGGACAUCCAAGAUGCUGCCGGCCACCUGUCGGAGGUGGACCUCCACCCAGGCACCACUAGGAACCAGUACAUGCCGGACACCUGGCCCUUGGCGCAGCCAGGCACCGGCACGGUGGUCUCUGCCCGCGCCAGGCUGCCGUCCACCAACUUGGCCUUCAUUGCGGAAGACACCCUAGGGGGCGGGCUCUUCGAGUCCAAGCUCCGGAAAGUGGUCGGCGACGUGCUAGGCCACGACUCGGAGGCCAUCCUGGGGCAGUUGGCCGUGGACGCAGCGGUGGUGCAUGAAGACGUGGCCGGGCGCGACGAUCCAGCCGCCACUCAAGCACAGCCCAGAGACAAGGGAGCCAAGCUGCUGUGGUACGUCGGGAUGGGAGUGGUGGCGCUGAUUCUGGUUGGCAUGCUGCUAUGCUGCGUGAGAAGUUGUUGCGCACGCAAGAACCUUUCCGGCGAGUCCACAGGUUUCCUGCAGGUGAACACCUACGAGGAUGACGUCCCCAUCUACAAGGAUCCCAUGAAGCUGUUUUCCUCUGGACAAGGCCACUGACGGGCUCUUAGGUUGCGGACAUGUCAACCUGGCAGCAAGAGCCUGCCUUGUCUCACGGGACAGAAUGCCACAAAAAGCAACGGUGAAGAGGGG